CUCACCUUGUCCGUCCACCUACUUUCACCUCAACUCAACUCAACUCAAGUCUAUCCCCCCUCCUCUCCAAGCCACCUGGCUCUGUAGCUAUCAAUUUCUCCCUCUCAACCGCCAACUCCCCUUCGGUGAAAGAAUGCUGCAGAUUGCCUAGUGAAAAAGGGAAAAAAAAGGACUGAUAUUAUUAAUUCCUAAAGUUAAUGGGUGGCAAAAGUUCGAAGAGCUUGACUUCUGGUCGAUACUCAUCUUACAGUUCCAGUUCAAAUUCAUGGGGUAAUUAUGGCACUCCACACUCGCAGUACCCUCAACCAAGUUACAAUUAUGCACCUCAACCAAGUUACAAUUAUGCACCUGCACCUCCACCCCAGGAGUCGAGGAGACGGCUUGAGAGGAAAUAUUCAAGGAUAGAUGAUGACUACACUAGUUUGGAACAGGUUACUGACGCUCUUGCACGUGCUGGCCUGGAAUCAUCAAAUCUUAUUGUUGGUAUUGAUUUCACCAAAAGCAACGAGUGGACAGGUGCUAGGUCAUUCCACAGAAAAAGUUUACAUCACCUUGGAGAUGGGCAAAACCCAUAUGAACAGGCCAUAUCAAUUAUUGGAAGGACACUAUCCAAAUUUGAUGAGGACAAUCUAAUUCCAUGUUUUGGAUUUGGAGAUGCUUCAACGCAUGACCAAGAAGUUUUCAGCUUCUAUCCAGAUGAGCGAUUUUGUGACGGCUUUGAGGAAGUAUUGAGCCGCUAUAGAGAAUUAGUUCCACAAUUGCGACUUGCAGGACCAACAUCCUUUGCUCCAGUCAUUGAGAUGGCCAUGACUAUCGUUGAGCAAAGUGGUGGACAGUACCAUGUCUUACUGAUCAUAGCAGAUGGGCAGGUGACAAGAAGUAUAGAUACUGUGCGUGGUCAAUUAAGCCCACAGGAAAGGAAAACUGUUGAGGCAAUUGUGAAAGCAAGUGAGUACCCUCUAUCAAUUGUUUUGGUUGGGGUUGGAGAUGGACCAUGGGAUAUGAUGAGGGAGUUUGAUGAUAAUAUCCCUGCUCGCGCCUUUGACAAUUUUCAGUUUGUAAAUUUUACAGAGAUAAUGUCAAAGAAUGUGGACAGAUCCAGGAAAGAGGCUGAGUUUGCUCUUUCAGCGUUGAUGGAAAUACCUUCUCAGUAUAAAGCAACGCUGGAGCUUGAUAUAUUGGGUGUUAGCAAGGGGAAUGGCAUGGAUAGGGUUCCCCUCCCCCCUCCUCUCUACGGUCCAGCCUCUUUUGGCACGCCGAAAACUUCAAGAAACAGCAGUUUUCGUCCAAGCGCACCUUCUUGUGGACCUGAGCCACCUUUUGCAAGGAGUCAAGCUGCAAGUUCUUCUGAUAGCCAUCUUUGUCCCAUAUGCCUUACUGAUCCAAAGAACAUGGCCUUUGGUUGUGGACAUCAGACAUGCUGCGAGUGUGGGCAGGACCUUCAGUUGUGCCCAAUUUGCCGGGAUACCAUAAGUACAAGGAUCAAACUUUACUGAAAGGAAAUUCAUAUGCAGUGUAAAUUCUAUGUUUUAAGAAGAGCUCUCAUCUAGUUCUAGCAAAUAUUUGUCCUUCCUGAUAAUAGCUUUGCCAUUUUAUCUGAUAAAUACUGCAUAAUUGUCUUGUGACAUGAAAGGAUGAUGUCUUGCACGAAUUCUUGAUCUGUAUAUAACAAUUCUUUUUUUUAGCCCCAGUCAUUAGUGAUAAUAAUAUUCAGUUGAAAACUCAGUCGUA